GAGUAGAAAAAUGUUUGAUGGAAACAGCCAAUAAUAACACUCUUUAGGUUUACACUUUCCUGUUUAUGACACUGUGUGAUGAAACUAGCUGCAUACUAAGAACCCAUUUCCCAGUGUCUCUAUCCCAUCUUCAGUGGAUAUCCCACUGCAAAUCCCGUGACUCCCCCACUCAAAAAUUACCCAGAUUUGGCAACAUCAACAACGACGUUAGACAUUAUCUCGGCUAGGAUUACCCACCAUUAAUAUCACUCACUCACUAUUUCUCUCUCUCACAUGCCUAGAAAACCCUUAAAACCCUUCUCAUCUCCAUCUUCCUCAUCAUGUAUUCUGAAAAAGAGAAAAAUCUUACUGAUUUCCAUGGCUUCAUUUCUAAUUCUCACGAUUUUCUCUCUCAUCCUUUUCUUUUCUUUAUCACCAUCCUCUGCAACUCACCGCCACCAUCACUUAAAACCACCACCAUCACCACAGCAACAAAAUCAACUAACCCUUUCAAAGAUUGAAUUAUCAUGCAACGCUACGAGGUAUCCUGAAAUCUGCAAAACCAGUCUAUCACAAUCUGGAAACCUUCCACAAGAUCCGAAACCGGUGGAGAUCAUUCAAGCUGCAAUUUCUAUUUCAACCCAGAAUUUCAAAACUGCCCAAUCAAUGGUUAAGAGCAUAAUUGAUGAUUCUAUGAGCAAUCCGAACCGUUCAGCAGCAGCAAAGAAUUGUAUAGAGUUCUUGCACAAUUCUGAGUAUAGAUUAACAUCAGCCAAUGAUGUUUUACAAAGUGGAAGAAUCAAAGAUGCUAGGGCCUGGAUGAGUGCUGCUUUACUUUACCAAUAUGAUAGCUGGUCCGCUCUAAAGUACGUCAACGACAGUCAAUUAGUCAACAAGACAAUGUCAUUUAUGGAUUCAUUAAUGGGUUUCACCAGUAAUGCCCUAAGUAUGGUCGUUUCAUACGACUUGUUUGGUGAUGAAACAGCUUCAUGGAAACCACCUAAAACCGAGAGAGAUGGCUUUUGGGAGAAUAAUAAUGGUGGUGGGGUGGAUUUGAGUACAAAAGGUGGUUGCCCGUCGGAUCUAACAGUAGAUGUUACAGUGUGUAAAGAAAAAGGAGAGGGGUGUAAAUAUAAUAAAAUUCAAGAUGCUGUAGAUGCUGCACCAGAUAACAAUGGGGAAGGGAAAUUUGUGAUCAAAAUUAAACAAGGGAGGUACAAGGAGAUUGUAAGGGUACCACUCGAGAAGAAAAAUGUAGUGUUUUUAGGAGAAGGGAUGGGGAAAACAGUGAUUUCAGGAUCUCUGAGCGUGCAGCAACCGGGUCUUUCUACAUACAACACAGCAACCGUCGGAGUCAGCGGGGAUGGAUUUAUGGCUCGGGAUAUAACAUUUGAAAAUGCAGCUGGUGGAGAACAACACCAAGCAGUGGCAUUUAGAUCAGACAGUGAUCUUUCCGUAAUUGAAAACUGUGAAUUCCUUGGCAAUCAAGAUACAGUAUAUGCUCAUUCUUUACGCCAAUUCUACAAAUCAUGCCGUAUACAAGGCAAUGUCGAUUUCAUUUUUGGUAACUCAGCUGCAAUCUUUCAAGAUUCGGUGAUUUUAGUUUGUCCUCGCCAACGAUCACCAGAAAAGGGAGAAAACAAUGCGGUAACCGCCCAUGGCCGGACGGAUCCAGCACAAUCAACAGGUUUUGUCUUUCAGAAUUGUUUGAUCAAUGGUACAGAUGAAUACAUGGAUUGGUAUUAUAAAAAGCCUAAGGUUCAUAAGAACUACCUGGGUAGACCUUGGAAGGAAUACUCGAGAACCGUUUUCUUAAAUUGCUAUUUUGGGGAGAUUGUUUCCCCACAAGGGUGGAUGCCCUGGACUGGAGAUUUUGCGUUAUCAACUCUUUAUUAUGGGGAGUUUGAAAACACUGGCCCUGGAGCUAAUAUUUCUGGCAGGGUUGAUUGGAGUAGUCAGGUUCCAGCAAAUCAUGUCCUUGCAUACUCUGUUCAGAAUUUUAUUCAAGGUGAUGAAUGGAUUCCAGGUUCAACAUAGUUUGUCCUAGACCUAGUCGACAGAUUGCAGUUACUAUCGUUCUCAAAAUUACAAGAUUGUAAAGUUUUGGUUUCUGUUUGAAAGGGCGAAGUAAUUGCAUUCAGUAUGGUCCAUGUACUUACAUAAAAUAAAUGAACCAAUACAUGAAAAUCAAAUUAUAUUAUUUCAGUUGCA